GGCAUGGACUGAAGCUCCAUUAGAAAACGAAGCCCUUGCUCGACGCGGGUUUCGAUCGGGUCAAGCGCGAGCGCGCGUUGAUAGCCGCCGGCUACCGGUGGAUCCCUCCUCGCGGCUACAUUUUCCAGUGAAAUAUCGACAGAUCUCACUCGGCGAUGCGGCAGGGAUGCCACAUUUCGUCCGUUUCCAGCGCCAUCCAUCAGCGGCAGCUUGUUCUUGAGCCCCGAGCCCCGACCCCCCCGAUCGAGCUGGGGUUCUAACAGGUUUGGCGGGAUUCUUGAGGUUUGGCGGGAUUCUCUAGCAGCUUCUGGUUCUUGAUCUCUGGCGUUGGAAGCGUAGCAGAUUUUCAAGAGGUUUAGAGAGAUUUGUGGUGGGGUGGGAUAUUCAAGCGCCAUGGCUGGCCAGAUCAGGGCUGUUUGUUGCCCUCUCUUUAGAUUCCAUCUACACGACUGGCUCGCGAUAAUCUUUCUUUUGGGCAUGGAGGCGCUGCUGCUUGUCAUCCAUCCCUUCAAGAGAUACAUUGGCGAGCCGAUGAUCGACGACUAUAAGUUCCCUUUCAAUAACAACACUAUCCCCGUUGCCGCCGUUCCGGUCAUAGCUCUCGUCAUUCCGUUGAUCUUUAUCAUUGGGUACUACAUCCGGAAUAGAGAUUUGCGGGAUUUGCACUACGGCUUUCUCGGCUUGCUUUUCGCGGUGCUUAUUACUGCUGUUCUUACUGAUGCGAUCAAAGACGCAGUUGGACGUCCAAGGCCUGAUUUCUUCUGGCGGUGUUUUCCAGAUGGCAUACCGUUAUACACGACGAGAACUCGGGAAGUUAUGUGCACUGGUGACAAAGCCGACAUACGUGAAGGCUACAAAAGUUUUCCAAGUGGCCACACAUCAUGGUCUUUUGCAGGGUUGGGGUAUCUUUCCCUCUAUCUUGCGGGAAAGAUAUGUGCGUUCGAUCGCCAGGGUCGUGUUGCCAAGCUGAUCAUUGUCGUCGUCCCGUUGCUCGGUGCAACGUUGGUUGGGAUAUCACGCGUUGAUGACUAUUGGCACCAUUGGCAAGACGUGUUUGCCGGGGCUAUCAUAGGCCUGACUAUGGCACAUAUUUGCUACAGACAACACUUUCCUAGUGUGUACGAUGAAUACAGCUUUUCUCCAUAUCCCGAGAGACGCGCUCCGGCCGACUGGCCACCACCACGAGCUAACGGUAGCGUUAGAGAUCUAGAGAACGGGAGAGAUGUGGAGAUCUCCAGAUUAUAGCUGCGACUGUGAUGGGUGUAUACUCUGCUGCAGUGACAUGACAUACGCACUUUGUGUCACCUCGGACCUUGCCUGUUGGACGAGUCUUCGUCAAGAAUUCCUCUUCCUCGGGGUGGGGCUCGCCGCCGCUGGAUCAAAGAUUCCAAACGCGAAGUAAGGGCUUCUCCAACUUUUCCUGUAGCGCUUUCCUAAAGCAAAAGUUUUUAUCCUCGCAGGACUUUUUCAAACAAGAUUCUGGUCUAUGGUCAUAUGCAAUGAUCAAAGUUGUCUGUGUUUAGACAGUCUGGUUGGAUUGAUAAUAUGAACAAGAAUUUGGUGUC